AUGAGUGUCAAUGCUCUCCAGCUCGACAUGCUAAAAACUAGCAAAAUCCGAGAAAUUUGCAGAGACCUAAAAAUCAGGACAUCAGGAAACAGUGAACAAGUAAAAUCCACCCUCCUCUUAUACCUCAGUACCGAAGAAGGCCGUGAGCGUGCCUAUCAAAAACUUAAAGUGAGUAUGCUAGAAAGACUAUUUGGUGAUGAAGACCCCAUAAAGACCUUAGUUUCUUCUUCAAGGCCAGAAACAGUCGAUACAAGUGUCAUGACAAACCCUACCCUAGCCGACAGCUUAGAAAGAAAAGGAAAAAAUAUCCGCUGUGUCUGCUUAUCAGGCUCUUAUCCUUUAAAACAAUGUGAAACCUGUGGGACUUAUCAGCAUUGGGGCUGCAUGGGCAGAAACGUCACAAUGCUCAAUUAUGAAUGCAUUUUCUGUCAAAUGGCAGCCUUAGACCUCAGCCAACAAAUACUCGAUGCAUUAGUCAUGCCUUUUUCUUUACCUAGAGAAGACCCACAAAUUACCAAUAAAAAGAUGCAGAGAAAAUUUUCCUUUACUUCCGACCAUUUGCGAAAAUUAGAAAGUGGUCAAGGGACUGUCAGGGUUUUUUUAUUUUGUAUGAAAAUUGAUGGGAUUGGGUACAACAACAUCUGGCCGUCCUCUGGGGCUGUAAUUUUAAAUGACAGAACUAUUUUAGAGCCUCACAAAAUGCAGGAGCGGCAAGAUGUCCCAUUAGACAUUACAGAACUGCUGGUAGGUGGAGAAAAUUCUUUAUCAGUCCUAAAAUACAACGACUAUCAAUACUACGUAUCUGGUAUUUUUCUCGUAAAAACCUUAAGCCUCCCAGAAGUCAGAGAAAAAAUAUACAGUUCUAUUAAAAUAAAAAGUGAAGAAGAAGGAAUUGCAUUUGUCAAGCAAAAGUUCACAGAAAGUGAAGUCGAUAUAGACACAAUUACAGUCACUUUUAAAUGCCCACUAUCUUUAAAAGUCCUUGACGACCCUGUCCGAGGGGCCCAUUGCACCCAUUUAAACUGUUUUGGGCUUGAAGCUUAUAUAAUGUACCAGACUCAGCAGAUAAAAAACAGGUGAAAUUGCCCAAUUUGUCAUGAAAGGUGCAAUAAAGUGGUUAGGGACGAAUAUUUUGAAAAAAUUCUGAUGGAGGCGAAGAUAUUUGGAGCGAACUCUGUAGAGUUCAAAAGGGACGGAAGCUAUGUACUUUGUGCAUCAAAAAGCGGGAAUAUUAAAGAAAUCAAUGAGAAAAAGACGUAUCAGAGGGUAGAAAAAAGAAAAACGGAAAAUAAGGUCGUAGCUGGGACUAUUGAAAUAGAUUAA